AAAAAUUUCAGGGACAAAAUCGUAAAACAAAUAACAAAUCCUCCUCCGCGGUAGGGUUUAUGCCUGGAUCGAUCACAGACUGAGUUCAGCAGUUGAUUAUUUUUUGUUUUAUUUGUUUUUUAAGCUUGAAAAAUAGCCAUGAUUGGACCGAGUUCAUCUACCUCUAACAAUGCUUAUGUAAAGUUCCACAUUGCCUGAACAUAACACUAAGAAAAAAAAUGAGGUAUUUGCGAUCCAUUUCCUCCCAUUUUUCACGAAUUCGAAAAAACCUUCCCCAAAACCCAAGCUUCCAUUCCCGCGCGAUCCAAAACCUCAACUUCUUAGCACCCUACAAAUCGAAGCCUCAUUCUUUAUUUCCACAGAAUGAAUUGCAGUUCUCUCGCGGUUACAACACCGCUUCGCCGGAGCAAAGACCGGCGCCACCCGAGAAGGUAGUGUCGAUCGUAGACGACAUCUCAGACCUCACGCUGCUCGAGGUUGCAGACCUUACGGAGGUUCUGCGCGAGAAGUUGGGAGUAAAGGAAAUGCCUUCGAUGAUGGUGAUGAUGCCCGGGAUGGGAUUCGGUGGCCUUAAGGGUGCCUCGAAGGGCGGCGCUGCGGCAGGGAAGGGAGAGGAGAAGAAGGCCGAGAAGACAGCUUUCGAUGUGAAGCUCGAAGGGUUCGAUGCGGCGUCGAAGAUCAAGGUGAUAAAGGAAGUGAGGACGUUUACGGACUUGGGGUUGAAGGAAGCCAAGGACUUGGUGGAAAAGGCUCCUACCCUUUUGAAGAAAGGGGCUACAAAGGAUGAGGCGGAGGCAAUUAUCGCGAAGAUGAAGGAAGUUGGUGCCAAAGUCACAAUGGAGUGAGAUUUUUCCAGGAGGGAAAAGAGGAUGGUCAGCAAGAAGCACGAGGCUCUGUUAAAAUGUAGAAUAGCAGUUAGUGGUGGAUCAUACUUGAAUUACUACUGUUGUCAUCGGCUGACGUUGAAGAGGGAAAUUUUGGUUUCUUCAUAAUGCAAAGGCAUCUUUAUUAUAAUCGCUUUGCUUAUUUCCUUUUUUUAACUUAGAAAAAACACAUCUGAGCAAGUUCUUCUUCUUUCCCAGCCUUGUAUCUUUGCUAAAUUGGUUGACAUUUUUUAAACCCGUUGUAAAACUGGUUCUCUUACAAUGGGUUCAAAAGGGCUCGGUAAUUUUGAACCAUGUCUGUUUUCCCAA